AUGGAACGACUCAACGACGAUCGAUCUGUAAACUUCGUCAACGAAUUACCAUACGACGUCUUGAUUACGAUUUUGAGCAGCCUGACCACGGAGGACCUGGUGGACUUUACUCCACACGUGCAGCAGCUAAGACUACAGCUACCUUCAUUAUCCAACUGGUAUAACACGCCACUCACACGAAUAGCUCAAGGAUUAUUUCCUCGCCUGGAAGUCCUUCAAUUAAAUGCCUUACAUUUACAAAACACGGAUACAUUAAUGCUAGCCUUGGGUGAAGUGGCCAAUACUCUAAAAGAGCUACUCCUGACUACAGAACACAACCCCAAUGCUGUGUUCAUACCAUUAUGUACCGUGCUUUCAAUAUGCCACAAACUCAAGCAUUUCAUCUAUACACAUGAUGCCGAAACCGAAACAUCUCUCGCAUUCGGACAGAUGCCUACACAUACACUGCAAUUGACCGACUUCAACUUUAGCAUAUACUAUCCAGAAGAACAUAUAGAUUCAACCAUGGCUACGCUUCUACAACACUGCACUCAUCUUCAACGACUGACGCUCACCUGUAACGAUGGAGACGAAGUGCUGCCAGCCAUCCAACAACAUUGCAAACAGCUAGAAUACCUCAGGUUACAUGAUAUCUUAAAUUAUCAAGCUCGACCCAGUACUAUUACUAGCGGUGAUUGUGCCCAAAGCGACCCAGAUCCGCCGUCGUCUCUUAAUCUCCAUAGUGUGACCAUCCUGAGAACUCGAGGAUGUGCAGAUAUCAUGAUCCCUUAUCUGGCGCGAAGCACCGAGACUCUUACUGAACUCUACAUCAACCUACGGCCCAUAGCUGUUCCUACGUGGGAUCCACUACUGACAUGGGGUCUACCGAACUUACGAUGCUUAACUUUGAGUUAUGGAGAAGUUGACAAUAAUGGAUUUGUUGCGGAUUUGAUCACUCACUUGCCCUUAUUGGAAGAAGUGCAUCUGGAAGAAUGCGAAUAUAUUGGAUUGCACGUAUUCAACGCAUUGGCACAACUCGACAACCUAAAAUCGCUGAGCAUUGACGGCGUGAUUGGAGCCGAAGAAGACAGUCUAGCGGAUAUGUUUCUUACUUUCUCACAACGAGGCGUCGAUGGCCCAUUGAAAUCAGUGACAUUUGACAUGUGCCAUGACUUCAUUGAUACCUACGAUGUUUUGCAGUCGUUGGCCGAUGUGGAGAGCGUGCAAGAGAUCGGAUACGCAAUUGUGCCUUAA